UAAUAGAAUCUUUAUUUAUUAAACAUUAUAAAUUACAUUCAAUAUGAAAUAAGAAGCGGUUUACACUAAGCCAGAUUUUUUAAAAACAUAAACCUAAUCUUACCUAAACCUAAUUUUAAUUAAAACUAAUCAAAACCUAAUCUUCUUGGCCGCCUCCUCGCUGAUAGCUCCACGACGACAAGCUCCUCUCACAACCACUAGCUUCUUCGUUGCCUUCUCACAGAAAGGCCCAUGGCUACCACCUCUUCUCACGACCACCAGCUUCUCAUCGCCUCCUAGCCGCAAACCCAAUGACCACCACAUCUGCUAACAAUCACCACCUCUGCUCACAAUCCACAACUUUUAUCAAGAACAAAAAAUCAGAUCUAAAAGAGAGAGAUAAAGAGGAGGAGCCAUCUUACGCUAGUUGUGGAGGAGAGGAGGUUUGGAGGCGCAGAUGAGUUGUCACGAAGAAGAAGAAGAGGAGGCGUCACUUCUUCACGGAACAGAGGAGGAGGCCUCUGUCAUUAACGAAGACAGAUUGGAUGAUGGAGAUGGCAGAGAUAGAGAUCUCGCGACGGUCGAGAUCCGUAACGAGAAGACGUGGGCAGACAGAGGUGGAGAAGAGAUGAGAUACAAAGAUGAGAGGUUGGCGGUGAAGACGGAAGCAAAAGGGACGAGGGAGAGAGAGAGAGAGAGGAAGCAACACAGAUUGUCUUUGAUGAGACUGUAAAGAAGAAGAAAAAAGAUGUACAUAGAGAG